GUUUUCUGUGCAGUGGAACCUACUUUGAUAAAUACAAAGGGUUUGGGAAUGCAAUCUGCCUGGCUGGAAACUGUUUGGGAGGAAUGGUUUUACCUUUCCUGUUCACAUACUUGUAUCAAACCUUUGGAUAUUCGGGGGCUCAUCUUAUUCUUGGUGGAAUUAUGAUGCACUGCUAUGCUGCAACCCUGGUUUUUCAACCCGUAGAUAAAUACAUGAUCAAGGAGCUUGGAGAUGAUAAGUCGGAUUUAGAAGAAUCUUCACUGGUCCCUGUCAAAGCUCUUCUUAUCACAAACGAACUUGAGAAUGUUACACCGUGUAGUUCGUAUACUUCUAGGGAUCAUUCGUUUUCAGGCUCAUCUACUAGUUCAAGUUCACAUCUGUAUUUUGCAGAAGAUAAUUAUCAAACAGUGACACAAAACAACAAAGGAAUCCUGGAUAGUUCUGCAUUAAGGUCUAAUAAUCAGAAACCUGUUUUCCCUCCUCUUCAAGAGAUGUGGAAUAGUCAGCAAAUACAGGCAGUGGACAGUAACUUCAGUCUAAAAGGUGUCGGAGUACCAGUACAGGAUGUCCAGGUCAUCAGUUCCAUUCCAGAACGACAAGUUAAAAUGCUGAAGUCUAGAUCAAGGCUCUCCAGUCUCACAUCCUCGGUUGCAGAAUCAUUUUCUUCAUUGAAAAUGUCAGAUGCAUAUCUGGGAUCAUCAGUCAGUUUGUUAGAACUUGAGGCCGCUAAACGUGUUGAAAAAAUCCGAAGAAGGCACAGACAAAGAUUAAUUAGUGAGAGAUCUAUUAAAGAAGAGGAUGACAAUAUCCAAACGAAAGUUCAUGUGUCUGAAACAGUUCUAAAAGCUGAUCCUAAUCAUGAUCCUAAUCAUGAAGAUGAUCUUGAUUUGACAGCAUCAUUUCUCAAUACAGACUCUAACACAAAAACCAAGGAAAAGGUGAAAGGAUUCGAUUUAAGUAUUCUGCUCAAUACCAAAUAUCUUAUAAUUUUGUUCUCAAGUAUAACAAUCACAUUUAGUUAUGUUAGUUUCUGCACUUUUCUACCCAGCUAUGCAAUAAUUCACCUAGGCAUGGAACCGGGAAGUGUGAAUAUACUAGUGGCUGUGUUAAACGGCUGUGAUCUGUUUGGCCGGCUCAGCGCAGCUAUCCUAGUCAACAAAAUUAGGUUUAAAUCUCGAUAUGUUUAUAUCCUGUGUAUGGCCCUCUCCGGCCUGGCUAUGGCCAUCUUAGGCCUAAAUACUAGAUACUACUUUAUAGUCCUAGUUAGUUGUUUUAUUGGAGCUCUAACUGGUUUACACAUUGGUGUUGCACCAAAUAUGCAGGGUGAAGAGUUAGGUACGGAUCAGGUUCGAUACAGCUACCCUCUUCAAUAUCUUGCUCAAGGGUUCAUCAGUCUAAUCGGUCCUGUCUCUGUUUCCCUACUAGCCGAUGCAUUGGAAUUCGCCUCAGCUUAUCUAGUUCUAGGAUCCAUUCUGUGUGCUGGUUCUGCUGUUUUUGCUUUGUUUCCAUUUGCUGAAAAAUAUGAAAAUAAUAAAUUGAUUAAAUCUUUAUAUUGUAUUUGUAAAGUUGAGAGGUCAAUGAAAUACUUGUAUUACAAGGUAUUAAUUUAAGUUUCUGCAAUAAUCACAAUAAUUAAAUUAUACAAAUUUUCUUGUUUUCUCAAACUUUUUUAAAACGAAAAAAAUGAUGCAAACCUUUUUAACUCUGACCUGGCCGGCAGGAAAGCUAGUUUUAAGACCAGUUAGAGUAUAAAAUGUUUGAUUUUUUUUGGAAAUCUGAAACCCUUUAAAAAGUCCGCGAAACAAUUUUUUUCUUAAAAUUUGAUGAUUUGUAUUUACAGUAUUUCAAAUAAUUCAUUUAUAUUAGUCUGUCUGGCUGGUUUCCUAAAACCAUUAAAAGUUUUGAACAGAAUUAGUUCAGAUAUAAAUAUGAAAUUCGAAUUAUGACUAUGAGCCUCGCAAAAUGACCCUCGAAGCCUCCUGAUUUGCAGAAUGACCUCUAAGCCCCUCAAAAUCCUCUCCGUGCCUCUCGCUACGUAUUCAAGCCUCUACAGCUCUUUCUCCACAUCCACCAUUUUGAUAUCUUUAAAGAAUAAAAUGAACUCGAUAAAGUUCUUAGUAUGGAAAAUAUACUUAUAAAUUGUAAACCUCAGAGGUUAAACCUUGUGAAAUGUUUCUGUUUAUUACUACUGCAAAUACAAUGCACAAGAAAUGAUAUAAACCAAAAUCUGCUUCUAUUUUUUCCGAAACUUAGAAAAAUAAAUAGUGUUUUUAUUUCAAGUUUAAACCUUGUAAACCUAUCGUUUUCUCUUGAACCUUAUUAACUACUUAAAUUGCUAUAGUACUAUAGCCCACUUCUAUAUGUAAAACUCUUUUUCGCGUAAUCGCAAACUUUUCGUAAAUCUUCCUAUCAUCUCUUGAACAUUUUUACUGUACUACUAGCUAUAAAGUUAUAGCUAAUAUAUUUUUGUAAAAAAUUGCUUUUUCGUACACAGUAACUCUGUUAAUAAUUACAUGUAAAUUUUGUCAACCGAAAUAACUUUACGGAAAUAAAAAAUAU